AGAAAGAAGUGAGACAGAGAAGCACGAUGGAUGAAUUCAGAUGGAUUCAAAUGUUUGUGUGUCUGAUGCUGAUGAUUCAGAUUCCAGUAUCCGUAACUGUUACCUCCAUUUUUAUGAAAGUUGGAGAUGACGUCACUCUGCCUUGUCUAAAUGUGGUAAAUGAAAAGAAUAACUGCGAUGGUACUACGUGGACCUUUGCUUCAAGAAACAAACAAACAGCAGAGCUGAUCACACUUGGACAGAUUGGUGAAAAUCCCAAAACUAAAUCAGACAGACUGAGUGCUACAGCGAACUGUUCUCUGCUUAUAAAGAAGCUCACAAUCGAGGAAGUUGGUCAAUAUUCCUGUGAUCAUCACAAAUUACGAGAAAUACAAACACAACACACUCUGUUUCAUCAGUCAACGGUUGAUCUCUCUGCUAUUACCUUGACUGAACAUAAGGAAACUGAUAAGGUGAAGUUAAGCUGCUCUGUGGUGACACAUGGAGAGUGUCAUCACACAGUGAAGUGGCUGAUUGGAGGUCGAGAUGUGGACAAAGAGAGCAAACAAACAGUGACUUCACAGACUGACUGCUCCACCACUCUGUCUUUUCUGAUUUAUCACCAUAUUUACAACUCAAGAUAUAACACUGUGAAGUGUGAAGUGACUGAUACCAAAACAGGGAAAGUGCAACUGUUCACCCUUAGCCAUCAGCCCUCAGGUGAGGAAACAGGUGACAAUGAAACCACACAGAAACCAACAAGAACAACUGAAAGCAGCACAAAAUCACAAACAACCACAACAAUGAUGAAAGAUGCUUCACAAGAUUUUUCUGCAUCCUUGAGAUUCAUUAUUGUUUCUGUGGGUUUAGCAGCACUUUUAAUAACUACUGUGACAAUCAACAUAUGGACAAGAACUACUGGGAACAAAACACAGACGAAUAAAACCACAGGACUGAGUUUAAACCCUGCAGGGACUCAGUCUGCUCCUCAAACCGUUCCAGACUUGGUCCGGAGUCAUGAUGGAGUUGAUGUAGUGACGUGCAGCACUGUGAAGGCUCCUUCCUCUUCUGUUACAGCCACUCCUGAUCCCAGCAGUGUGCUCUACUGUACAUUUUCCUGUCACAUAGCUGACUGAAAGGUGGGGAUUUUUCAACAAAAGGUCUUUGUUGUAAAUGAGACAUUGACUCUCAAUGUGACCACUAGUAUAAAUAAAGGUUAAGUUUAAAAAAAAAAGUAUAUAUCAUUAACUAGUCUGUAUAUGUACCUCUUCCCCAGUGUUGAAAAUUUUAAACUCAGAACCUGUUUGCACAUUUCCUGGUUGCUUGAUCAAAAUUUCUGUUAUAAUCAUCAAUAAAUACACCAAAAAUAGUUUAAAUAUAUCUUUUACACUGGUUUUAUGCUGCCAUAUUCUCAAAGUAGU